AUGCCUGUUUACCCUCCUGGAAUUCAUCAACAGAUCAAGCGUCGAGACUUUUACCAUCCGCAACCAGAAAAACCUCCACAGAGCCAAAACCAACUUUAUACUUCAUCCUCCUCCUCCUCAUCAUCAUCAUCAUCAUCAUUCCUUGAAAAGCUUGAUUUCAACCCAAGCAUGUCGUCAUUAUCUUCCUCGUAUAUAGAACACCCUAGUUUUAAUUGCAUCCCCACUUCAACAUCUUUUUUGCAUAAAACAAACAUGGCCGCUUCAUCAUCAUCACCCUCAAUUCAGGCAAACCCUGAUUAUAGUCACUUUGACUUUAUGUCUCUAAUGGACCCAAUGAGCUACCCACUUCUACUUGCUUCUUCAUAUCACCUUGAUUUUAUGUCUAAGUCCAAACUUAAUAAUUAUAAGAAUGAUGGACUCACCUUUACAAUGCCACCCCCUCAAAACCUAUCACUUUCGAGCUCAUCUUAUAUAUCUCUAUUUGAUAAAACCCGACAAAUCACUUCAUUAGGCAUGAAUCCUAUCUCUCAAAUGGAUGAUGAUUUUUUCUCUAAAAAUUUUGAACUAAAUAUCCCUUCAAUCCAUUCAUCCAUUCCAGCAAUUACACCAACUUACUCUUUAACUAACAUUAAUAAUGUGAAUUGUAAUAUAGUAUCUGUAUCAGGUGGUAGUUACAUGACAUCUAUGGAUGCCUCAAGCUCUGGCUUUUCAUUAAAUGAUAUAGGACUAAAAUCGCAAGUAGAUACUUUUAAGGAUUUAAACAUGAGGAACGAUGAUAGCUACAGUUGGCUAGAAAUUCCACCAAAUGGACCCCCUAAAGAACUUGAAGAAUUUUGGGAUGAUUCAUAUACCAAACCACCCAGUCCUUCAAGUGGCACAAUUUUUAAAUCAAUAAACAACCUACAGAGUGAAGUUUUGUGCUCUCAUGUUAUCUUACCAAAUGGUAAUGAUAUGACAUUUAUGGAUGACUUCAACUCUGGCAUUUUACCAAAUGAGUUUGUUCUAGAUACGGAUGUUACAUCACAAAACAAUGAUUUUGAGGGUGUAAACACGAUGAUCAAUGAUAACUGGUGUAACUGGAGUUGGCUAGACUUCCCACCAAUUGGACCUCCUAAUCAUCUGAAUCAAUAUAGCAAUAAUGCAAUCAUCCCAGUGGAACAAGGCCAGGAUUGGUCUCUAGGUUCCAUUCCUAACUUCAACUAG